AUGGCCAGUUCAACCAACAUCCCGGCUUCGACAUUAACCACUCGAAAGGUCUCCAACAAUGCAUCAACGUCCACGCCAUCUCAGCCCGCGUCUCCCAAAUUAUCAUGUUAUUUUAGUCAAGGCCAAAUGGCUCUCGCACUGAUGAUUGCAAAAUCGAAACCAGAAAGAACAUCUUUAGCAGAAUAUUGUCAAUUGCUCUCCAAGUGCAUCACUACUGGGAAAAGAGCUGCUGGUGAUAACCCUCGAUAUGUUGACAGCGUGGAAUUCUGGAAAGACCAGUAUUCGACGAUUGAUCGAGACAGAAGAGCGCUCGAGGCUAAAUACCACAUUCUGGAAGAAAAGCACCGCCUAUUUCGAGAACAUACCGGCCAAGACAGCCAGGAAGAUGGACCUUCUCCUGGGCAGGAACCCUUAGCACAACGACAUGGUGUAAGCGAAGAGGAUCUCAGAAGGCGACAGGCGCUUGAUGAUUUGGAGAUCAUGGAAGAUCCAGAUGACCUGCAUUUACCUGAUGACCCUAUUACUCUCGGGCUGAGUAGCUAUAUGUUUCGUAUUCUGCAACAACGAUCCAAGCUUGAAAAGCUCAUCGAAGGUCUCAAAGAUCUGGAGCAUCUCGAGCAUCUCGACGAAGCUAUCAAAUGUUCUCUACAGAUUCUCAUGCUUCUCGAAAACGCAUUGACCGACUGCCUCCCCUUGCUGUCUCUCAAGAUGGGCAAUCAGGAUCCUCAGACGUGCGAAUUUCUUCAGAAGCUCGUGCACCAUCAAGUCUUCCUCGGAUUUCAAUCCUGCUUCGCAGCACUGGACAACAUAUGUGCCACCAUCCCCGGACGUACGAAGAAAAGCGUCCUCGUCAAUAGAUUGGUCAUGUUCUUUAACAAAGCAUUGGAUUACCUACAAACAUUUGGCAAUCUCCAAGCCGAGAUAACAGAAGCUCAGGAUCACCGAAGACUACACAACAAAUGUGCCAAGAUAGAGAAAGGAGAAUACGCCAUGAAUGAGUACCUAGGCAGAGCACUUUCAGCCAUCGUCUCACACCUUGAAUGGCAGGUAGGAAAACCUCACCACAGCGAGAUUCUAGAAGGCAUCCUGUUUUCGACACUCAAACAUACCGGGCGUCUCCUAUCCGACGCUAUAUUCUCAGAACAUGUAGCGAACUCGACAAAUCCAGGCCAUAUCACGCAAGAGACAGCUCCUUUCAAACCUACAAUAGCAAAACCCGAAUCCCGAUAUAUUGUACAGAUUCUGCGCGCAGCACUAGGCAGCAUCGAGAGAAAAGAGCUAGUUGCCAAAGUUCUAGCAUCGGAUAGGAAGCACCUUGAUCAUCUAAAGCGUAUCAAUAGCUUAGCUCCCUCGUCGUCUUUCACGCGGGAUCUUGUGUCUAACAAGAUGAAGCUUAUUCAGAGCACGCUGACCAAGUUCGCUGUUGGUCAAGAUGAUCUCGCUUCGUUGGAGAUGCCUAUUCCUCCGGUUGAAGAGAGCAAUUUCUCUGUUGAAAUUGUGAACAAGGAGGAGCUUUAUAGCUCUGUGUGGCUGAUUGAAGAAGUGUGGGCUUUAAUUGGAUGGGAGAAGAUUGUAGGAGAAGACUGA